CGUUUUGCGCUUCAUUAAAGAGACGCCUCAGAAAGAAUAGCACCCUGGACAGCGCCUGCCAGCCGUCAAGCUCAGAAUGCAUUGCAAAGGGUAAAAAUACAACUGAUAAUUAGUUAUCUACUUUACUGUGGUCCACGGUGUCAGCAGCAACUGGGAUUUACGUUAUAUUUUCCUGGAUUAUUAUUGUUGUUAUUUUUUCGAAGAUCGUUUAAAAUAAAUAAAUAAAUCAAAUAAAAGUCUUUGCUACCAGAAAGAUCGCUUGCAAUUGCUUUUCCUGAAACGUACUGCUUAUGCUCUGAAACUGAAGCAGUUUUUUGCAGAGGUGAAACGCCGUUUGAUUUGUACUUUCUGUGAAGGAAUGAUGCCUAGGAGAGGAUGUGUACCAGGAGGAAGAUCAUCUGCAGUCUGCUGGUGCUCUCUGUAUUGGAGAUUGGAGUCGGGGUGUCGAGCAUAGUUUUGGGGGCAGUGGGGAUCAGCAGUGUCAAUGCCGAGCAAAAGCCGCAACUGGGAGAUGCUUCUCCGGUAUGGAGCGGGGUGUGUUUUCUAAUAUGUGGUCUGUGUGGGGUAAUAUGCGCCAAAAAGAAAUCAGGACUCAUUAUGAUAUUAUUUUCAGCCUGUUGUAUCUGUGGGCUGAUUGGAGGGAUACUAAACUUUCAGUUUGUGCGAGCACUUGUGAAAAAGUCCUCUGCUCUCUACUCUCUGCAUGUUGCUGCUAUGUCACUGGCCUGUCUGGGGAUUGGUGGCUGCACACUUUCAGCCUGGCUCACCUGUCGCUUGGCCAGCAAUGAGCAACAAAGGAUGUUUAUAGAAAGGGAGCACUCUCUACACCAUUCCCACGAAAUGACAGAGAAAGAAUUGCCAGAUAAUUUAAGCAAUGGGAUCCCCCAAGUUCUACAGAAUGGAAAGACAACAUUAUAGUGACAACGUUCAACAACAACAAAGAAUGCGGUUCCUAUAAAUAUGGUAAGCAGAGAGAACACUGAAGUUAUUUAAGACUGCACAAUUCAUUGGAACCACUGUAGACUGGACAAUGCCCUGUGGUGAUCGGGUGAUCAAUUUUACUGACUAUGGAAGCAGCAAAUAAUUGUGCAAGCUGCAUAAUUGUCUGGACCAAAAACUUUCUAGAAAAAAAGCCAGAUUCUUUUAGCUACAGUCCAGUUAACUCAAGAAAUGGCUUGAAAAGCAGCUUUUCCUGCUGUUUUUUUUUUAAAAGGACAAAUAACCCUGAUGAAGACUUCAAGACAGUCAAGACUGAUACUUUGCUAUGUUUGUAAAAUAUUCAUGUACAACUUCCUGAAAGCAUGUGAAAGGCAUUCAUCUAAGGCUUGCAGUCUUACAGUCUUUCUUAAUCCACAGGAACCCCAAACCGGAAUGCUACCCCAUUAGAAUUAUACUUGACAAAGUACGGGUCCUUAUAUAUUAUAAAUAUUUACCUGGAUUGAUAUCACAUUACUAAAUAUAUGGGAUUUAUUAUUUGUGAAUGAAAUAUGUUUUUUUUAAGAGCUUAUUAAAAAAAAUAAAGAAAUAUGAGGUAAUAAACUGUUGUUGAAUUCUGUUUCACUAUUUUACAUUUAUUAGUGUAGUUUUCUUCUGAUGGCUCUGUUGCUUUCAGUUGAAAAUGUCUUUAGUUGUCUAUACUACCCAGAAAGUACAAAU